CUCCCCAUCUGCAAGAAGAGCUCAGACGAGCUGUGCCUCUGCCUGUUGCUCAUCUGGUCUUUCGUAUAUACACACACACACACACAUGCAUUUGCUGCAUCUGAAUACCAGUUACUGAGUCCACAGGCAAUCUACAGCCAUGGCAGGAAAAGCCCACAGGUUGAGCACUGAUGAGAGGGAGCAACUGUUGCCAAACCUGAAAGCUGUAGGGUGGAAUGAGGUGGAAGGGAGAGAUGCCAUCUUCAAAGAGUUCCAUUUCAAGGACUUCAGUCAGGCCUUUGGGUUCAUGACCAGAGUAGCUUUGCAAGCAGAAAAACUGGACCACCACCCUGAAUGGUUCAACGUUUACAGCAAGGUUCACAUUAUCCUGAGCACACACGAGUGUGCAGGCUUAUCCGAGCGGGAUAUCAAUUUGGCCAGUUUCAUAGAGCAAGUUGCAGCUUCUCUGUCUUGAACGAGGCUGGGCGUACAUAAGCCUGAAUUGGCUGAGCAGCCACCGUCUCCUCUCUCAUUCUUAAAACUGUAGUUAGAACCAUUUGCCGGUUCCACGCAGUUCCUGAUCCUAGCAGAAGACAAUGCUAUGCUCAGCACAGCUCCUCUUCCACCACAGCUCAAAGUUUCAGAGGGAAUAAGCUGCCCUAGCGUAAAAAUACCUCCUACUUCUCAGUUACCAGGAGGAAAGUUGUCUUCUUUUUUAGUCCAGUGAGUACCAGUGUAAAAUUGCUUGACCUCUGGCACUUUUGGCAUAUCUGGCCUUUAGCGGAAGAAAGUAAUAUUAUACAGUGCAAGCAGUUUGAGUUUAUUGUUACCCAGACAGUUGUGUGCUUGCUUCUUACUUUACAAUUAUACUGUUUUGUCUACAGUUAAGCCUAUGUCCCCUGGUCUCUUCUGUUAGCAGACCAGUAUCUGGGAUGUGCAGUUUGGUUACAUUUGUAAGCUUUGUUCAAAUAGUAUUAUAGCAGGUAUGUGGGGUUACCUGUGUUGCAACUGGCCAUAUUACAGAGAUGGGAGCCAGGAAUGUCAGCUGAAAAUAUCUAAGUGUUUGCAAUAAAAGUUCUUAUAACAUACCAGUUGUCAGUUUGAAGGGACCAUUCACUGCAUAGUUUUGACUGAAGAAACUAAAUUGAAAAAACUAAGCAAGUUAUUCAUAUUUACUCUCUCCUCCCGUUCCCCAUAUAAUUCACUCCACACGUCUCCAGGUCAUUGCAUGGGGAAGCCUUCCUGAGGCAUAAAUAACUUCUGGAGCAGUUGCAUGUGCCUCAAAGUGAAGUGGUCAAAAAACUACAAAAAACAGGCUCCAGAGGGGGACAUCCAUGAAAUGGAGCUGGUAAAGCUAGUAGUAAUAAAUAUCUAACAAUUCUAAGUAAGGAAAGAUAGCUUUGGCUCACAGGGUUUGAAGAGUCAAUAUUCAAGAUUGUACUGUAGGUGGCGUAGGACUUUGAAAAACAGGAGAACAUGUAAAAGAGCAUAGUGCAGUGUUAAGUAUAAAGGCACUCUGCCUUUAAGCCAAAGUGGGAUGAAAGCAGUUGGACUCUAAGGGUAUGUCUACACAGCAAUUAAAUCCCAUGGCUGACCCAGCUCAGCUGACUCAGGCUGGUGGGGCUCAGGCUGCAGGGCUGCAAAACUGCUGUGUAGACAUUUGCGUUCAGGUGCUGCUGCCCGAGCUCUGGGACCCUGUGAGUGGGGGAGAGUCUUUUAUUCCAGCAUAGACUUCCCCUAAAACAGAGAAGGGCAAACUACAGCCCACGGGACUGUCCUGCCUGGCCCCUGAGCUCCUGGCCAGGGAGCUAGCCGCGGCCCCCGCCCCACUGUCCCUCCCUUCCCCGCAGUCAUGCCACCACACGGGCAGCGCGGCUUACGCUUACACCUCUCACGCUUUCCAGUAAGCCUGUCCUGCCGCUCUGAGUGGCAUGGUAAGGGGGCGGGGAGAGGGGAGGGCUGGAUAAGGGGACAGAGGCGGUCAGGAGACAGGGAGUGGAGGGGUUGGAUCCUGGGGUGGGGGGGGGGGGUCAGGUUCCGGGGGAGGGCAGCUAGGAACAGGUGUCUGGGGAGAGCGUGGUCAGGGGACAAGGAGUGGGGCUGGUUGGAUGGGUCGGGAGUUCUGAGGUGGGCAGUCACGGGGUGGGCAGUGGGAUGGGGCGGACACCAGGCUGUUUGUGGAGGCGCAGCCUGCCCUAUCUGGCCCUCCAUACCGUUUUGCAACCCCGCUGGUGACCCUUGGGCCAAAAAGUUUGCCCACCUCUGCCCUAAAAGCUAUUUUGGCACUGUAGUACUGUCACCUCUCAUGGAUGCAAUAAUAUGGGUAUUUGAUGUUGCCAAACCACAAGACCAAAAUUCUAAGAGGAGCUCUACAAGUGGCUGACUCAGGUCUAACCCUUAUAUUUGUCUAACACCAGAAUUCACUAUAGAAAAUCCACCACUCCUUAAUAUAGCCUUCCUUUAAUAUCCUUAAACACCAUACGUGAAGAGCAGUCAGAGUCAAUGCCCUUAUCUGGGCAGCAGGAAGAAAAGCAGUUGCAAAGCUGUAAUUCACCAUUAAUGAACAGGAAACCACACCAAACACACAAGCCAGGGAGCAGUGGCCUAGGCUAUGUAUCAGCACUGAAAAAAAAAAAAAAAAAAGACACCACCUCCCUGCAAAAUCAUGGCGGGAUCACCAAGGAUUCAGGCUAGUGGUUUAGAAAACCCUUCUUCAAUAAGAACGGAUACAGGCGGCUUGGAUAAUUAAGUGAACCAUUUUAAUACAAAAAGGGCUCUCCACUACAGCAUUUUACCAUCUCUUCAAUAAUUUCAGCCUACAGAGUUUUAACCAGUAAUAAGCGAGAGUGAAUGUUACAGAAUAUCACCAUCAGAGCAAAUCCUGCCCUGGAGGCCCCUUAAAAACAAUGGGUGCAUAUUUAAUAUAGUCAUAUUCUCAUUGUAUGUAUUUUAAUCUUUUUGAAAGCAUCAAGAAAGCACAAAUGGAAUCAAUGGCUCAGCAGUAUCGACUGCACCCUGACACUUUACAUAGGAUAGUGUUCCAUUUGGCAAAUAAAGUUCAAACAUCUGCAAGCAGCUACCUUCCUUAUGAGCCCCUCACAGGCACAGUAACUCCUCUCCACCCUGAAACAUUGCCAGUGUUUAUAUACCUUGUUUGAAAAACUCUCUUACAGGAAGAUAGAAUUUGAUAUUUUGGGAACCUCCUGCCCCUAGAAAGUACCAUCAAGUUUCAGAUUACAAUCCACACUGUAGAGUUUAAAAGCCAGUAAAUAAUGUAUUAAUGUUGCCAUUUUUCUAAAAACAGUAUGCAUGAUAAAGCAGAUACAGAUUCUAUAUUAAAUGACAAAGGCAAAUAAAAACUGCAUAAUAGUAAAAUACAGUGUACAGAACAGAUUACAUUUACAGUAUAGAUCAAAUGUACAUAAAACAUAAUCAAAGAGUCACAACCAUUAACAGUACAUGAAGCCCAGAAUGGAGCACACAGAGACAAAUACCUCUUCAAGUACAUCAAAAAAACCAAACAUGUGAAUUGAAACACUGAUUUGUUAGCCCCAUGUAAUUCCUGGGGAAGAAGAUGAGGAGGAUUGGGGAGGGUUUUUUAGAACGGUUUUUCCCUUUUUUUAGGUCUGGGUUGGAAGUCAACUAUCAAAAUAGCUGGGUAUUUAUACAGAAGAUCCCUUUCCAAAGCACAGUAUACUGUGAGAGAUGUAGUGAUCCUCAGAUGGCAGGAUGCUAAUUAUUAGGUCCAAUACAUGUUGACUAAGUCAGCAAGACACAAAUUUAGUAUCUGGCAAUUUGAAUUCAAUGUUUCAAGAAGAGGGCUGAAAAGAAUUCUCAGAGUAAGUAGACAUGUGCCCACCUUACCUUACUGAAGUCUAUAAGAUGGCUAAGCUGUAUUGACUCAGAGUACGGAAUACUAGAUAUAUUUUAAAAAGAAUAUCCUUGUCCACAGACUUUGAACCCAGCACUAAGGUUGCUUUAGCAAUGGCUCAUAAUUCACUCUCACUUUGCAUAGCUACUGUGCAAAUGUGCGUUUCAGACAUGUUGAGUCACUCAGAAGCAGUUUGGAUGCAAGCAAAUACAGUACUGUGGCUGAGGGGGAGCCCACCUUUAAGAUUUACAGCACUCCCCCCCCCAGAAAGCACUGCAUAAUGCAACCACCUCCUGUGAGAGCUGUUUGCAUUUGAAGUGUCUAGUAGUAUGCAGAAAUGGAUCAAAAGAACGAGUAUUGGAAAAUGCACUCCACCCUAAUUAUAAAGCUCUACCGGGCUAACCACACCAAUGAUUAGCAUCAAAAGCUUUUCUAGUUUGUUUAGGGGGCUGCAACCAUUUUACAAGGCUACUCAAUGCAGUCUGCAUAAAGGACAAA